GAGGCUGGAGACUCACCCGGCGCCGGAAGCAACUCCCCGGGAGCCGCACAGGUGGGCCCGGGCGCAGCUGCAGCUGACAUGGGUGAGCCCCAAGGCUCCAUGCGGAUCCUAGUGACAGGGGGCUCCGGGCUGGUGGGCAGAGCCCUCCAGAAGGUGGUAGCAGAUGGGGCCGGCCUGCCUGGGGAGGACUGGGUGUUUGUCUCUUCCAAGGACGCCGACCUCACGGAUGCGGCACAGACCAAAGCCCUGUUUGAGAAGGUCCGGCCCACACACGUCAUCCACCUUGCUGCAAUGGUGGGGGGCCUGUUCCGGAAUAUCAAAUACAAUCUGGACUUCUGGAGGAAAAACGUGCAUAUCAACGACAACGUCCUGCACUCGGCCUUCGAGGUGGGCGCCCGCAAAGUAGUCUCCUGCCUGUCCACCUGUAUCUUCCCAGACAAGACCACCUACCCCAUUGAUGAGACCAUGAUCCACGACGGGCCGCCCCACAGCAGCAAUUUUGGAUAUUCAUACGCCAAGAGGAUGAUCGACGUGCAGAACAGGGCCUACUUCCAGCAGCACGGCUGCACCUUCACUGCGGUCAUCCCCACCAACGUCUUCGGGCCGCAUGACAACUUUAACAUCGAGGACGGCCACGUGCUGCCCGGCCUCAUCCACAAGGUGCACCUGGCCAAGAGCAGUGGCUCUGCCCUGACAGUCUGGGGUACCGGGAGGCCGCGGAGGCAGUUCAUCUACUCGCUGGACUUGGCCCAGCUCUUCAUGUGGGUCCUGCGGGAGUACAAUGAGGUGGAUCCUAUCAUCCUCUCAGUGGGUGAGGAGGAUGAGGUCUCCAUCAAGGAGGCUGCCGAGGCUGUGGUGGAGGCCAUGGACUUCCAUGGGGAAGUCACCUUUGAUACAACCAAGUCGGAUGGACAGUUUAAGAAGACAGCCAGUAACAGCAAGCUUCGGACCUACCUGCCCGACUUCCGGUUCACUCCCUUCAAGCAGGCUGUGAAGGAAACCUGUGCUUGGUUCACUGACAACUACGAACAGGCCCGGAAGUGAAGCCAGGUGGUGGGAGCAGGCGCCCGUGGGUGCUCAGCUGGCAGAGCCCAGUGGCCAACACCCUCAGACCCUUCUAGGAGCCGAGGGCACUGCCCAGCAACCUGGGCCCACGUUCCACCUCCCUCUGCUAGGCAGCCUCAGGCAGGUGUCUAGCGGGUCCUCAUUCAUGUCCGUCCUCAGGGAAACCAAGGCCUGGGCAGGCCCAGCACCUCACUCCCUGAUGCUGGUGUCCAGACCUGAGCGUGUCCACUCUGAUCCUGCUCCCUCACUUCCUGGGAGCCAAUAAAGUGCAUUUUUCCAGGC